AUGAAUCGUGCCCCAAGCCUAGCAGCUACCAGUGGUAUUGGUUCAACAUAUGGUACGAGUACACCCUCCGAUUUACGUUCUCGACGAUCGAUCACAUCCGAUUUUGAUACAUCAUCUAUAUUAGACAGUGUCUCGUUAAAUAACAUGUCAAUGAAUAAUGAUUCGCAUAAUUCUCCGCCUCGUGAGUUGUAUGUUGGUGAGAAAAAUGAUCAUCAAUUUGUUAUUCCAACAAUUGCUACAACAGCACCUACAACAUCACAAGAAAAACCAUAUAAAAAGAACGAAAAAACAUUGCAUUCGCCUACAAAACAGUCACCACCUGAUCCAAUUUCAUCCAUUUCAGUUCCAGGUAAUAAAACGACAGUAACGACAGCUCAGUCUCCCACAUCGCCUACAUCUCCUACCGAUCGUAGUCGAAGUUUUUCAGUCACUGGUGAUGAUAUCGAAGCAGCAUUUGAUGCUAUUGCUUCAUACAAAUCCGAACAUUCGCCAACUUCAAAUCCAGAUACAUUUUAUACUACACAUAAUCAUAACAAUAAUAAUUAUGAGGUAACAACACCAGAUGCGCUAUUUGGUUUGUCAUCAAUACCAGAAGAUCAUGAUGAAUUGCGUUCAUCUAUCUAUGAUACAAAAAAGACGUCAUACAAACCUUCGACCGAUACAAAUCCGGAUAAUGAAAUUGAAGAAAUUGACUUUGACAGUUAUUUUAAACCGAAACAACAGCCAACAUCAACCACCACAACAACAACCCAAAAAGUACAAAAUGAAACACCAUCAAAAAAACAAGAGAAAAAAGAAAAUUCAAAACGAAAAGAAACUGCACCACAUAAAGAAGAACCUUCGGUUGUUAUGUCAUCUUUACCACCAAAAUCUGUCCGUUCCGUUCCAGAAGAAAAACCUGUUGUGAAAGAAAUGCAAAAGCCAUCUGCAAAUAUUUACAAAGAAGAAAAUGUAAAAAGACCAGCCCCUGUUCAAGAAGUUAAACAACAACCAGUACCGAUAAAAAUUGAACAACCAUCACCCAGAUUAUUACGAAACAAUAACGAUUCUAUUGAAGUUGAUGAUGAUGACGAUAAUGAUGAGGAUGAUGAUGAUGAUGAUGAUCGUCCAGUAGAUGACGAUGUCAACGAAAUUGUGGCAAAAUUAGAGACUUCCGCUAUAUUACCGUUAAUAAAUGAUAUUCGUCCUUCUCAUUUAAUUUAUUCAAAUCGAUAUAAUCAUAAUAAUAAGAAUAAUAAUAAUGUUAACAAUCAAUUUGAUGAUGACAUUCCGACACCAAAUGCGGAUGUCAUUAUUAUGGACGGUCUAACUAAAUACAAUACUGAUCAAUCAUCAACAUCAUCGUCCGCAUUCAAUAGUAAUACACAUAAAUCUGAUCGUACAGCUUUACCCGAUAUUGUCGGUGAACCAAAUCAACAUUCAAAAACAUCAAAUCAAACACAACCAGUGAAAAAAGGUGGUCUGAAUGUUUUAGGUUAUGAUAAUGUAAAUUCAUCAGUUAUACAACCAAAAAUACGAAAAGAAUUAGAAUAUCUUGAUCGUGAAGAAUUAUUACAUGUGAUAUCUUAUCAAAGUGAACUAUUAAAAAAGAAAGAUACUCGAUUAAAAGAUUUAGAGGGUUAUGUUGACAGUUUAUUAGUUAAAAUAUUAGAACAAUGUCCAGCAAUACUUCAAGUAGGAAAAUCAUAUAGAUAA